AUGGACCCGUUAGAGUACUUGUUCGAGAAACCAGCACUAACGGGUAGGAUCUCAAAAUGGCAACUACUGCUUUCAGAGUUUGACAUCACCUAUGUCACUCAGAAGGCAAUCAAGGGGCAGGCACUGGCAGAUCACCUAGCACCAUACUCACUUCCUGAUUACCAACCAUUGAAGACCUUCUUCCCUAAUGAAGAUAUCCUCUUGAUUGAGGGAGAGGAAGAAAGAAAGGCAGGAGAGUGGACAAUCUUUUUCGACCUAGCUGCAAAUUCAAAAGGAAGUGGAGUAGAUGCCAUACUCUACUCUCCCGAUGACGUCCCAAUUCCCAUAUCCAGGCGACUGAUAAAUGACGACUGGAGGACCAAGGAUGAAAAGCUGAUCCCAUAUCAUGUCUACCUGGAAAAUCUAGCUGAGGAAUUCGAAGAGAUUAUAUUUUCCUACAUGCCCCGAGCCAAGAACCAGUUCACAGACGCUCUGGCUACCCUUGCCUCAAUGCUGGAGAUCCCAAAAGGAAUUGUUGAAUGA